AUGAAGCAAUGUCGUUUGACCUUCCGGCUCCUGCCGGCCAUGCUGAUGGCACAAUUCGUGGUAGCCAUCAAGUUUACCAUGGACGCCAACACGUCCUUGGGCAUCGAGUUUAAGAAGGACGGGGGUCUGGCUCUGCUAGAGGAAGCGCAGGAGUCGGAUGCUGGAUUUCCUUCUUCUCGUGGAUUUCGUUCUUUUGGUGGUGGUUGGAUGAAAUCUCCGGCUGUGUCGAUCGGCGAUGCGACAAAUGCAGUUUUCAGCACUGCUGAUCAAGAGUUGGACGCUGCUGCGAGCGGCAAUGUCAAACCUGACACUGCCGCUGUCACAUCGGUCUCGAAUGGCAUCAAGCGGGCUCUGGGGGUCGCUGUGGAUACGCUCAAGCACAAAGGUAUGCCAGUUGGCAGUGCUCCGUUCAAUAGCGCCGUGGUCGUUGGGAGCCACAUCGUGCAGGGGGCAGUACUCAAAAAACUCUCCCUGCCCUCGAACAUACAAGUCUUCGCCAGCAGGAUCGGAAACGAUGCCCUGCCAGCCACGAAUCUCCACAACGAUGAAGGGCAGGUCCAGGAAGUAGGUGUGGUCGCUAUGAAAGGGGAAGAGUUGUCGAGAGCCUUGCAGGGCGUCCAGGAGGGCGCGAAGCUCGCGCAGGCAGUGGGGGGGGAGAUUGACCAAAAGGCUAAGAAGAUUCACGACUCGGCUUCCCUACUGGAAUGGCCUGGUUCCGCAUGGAUUAAUUCAAUGGCCAACACAUACCAGGCUGUGACGUCGCCACGACGACGACGGGGACCACCUCCGAGCCUUGGUGACAUUGGGAAAGUUGGUCCUUUAUCUGUUGGCUUUGAGGUUGCCCGGACGGUCUGGGACGAAACCAAGAAAUUCGUGGAGUGCCUGGCGGAGGGUCUGACUUUGUGUCACAUCCUGAUCGGGAGCACUUGCGACUGCAGCGACAAUAGAAGCUACGUCAAACCCUCAACGUCGGGCUUCGACAUGAAGUGCACCUUCACCACGUCGUCCGAAUUUGGAGGUGGGUUUGGUCUUAGGGCAGAGGCCAGCAAGUCUUUCGAUGGAAGUGCUGCCAAAACGUCCGUGCUCCCAGGUGAGGAGUACGCUCAGGCAUACAAGACGGUAAAUCAGGUCAUGAUGUCGCGACAGGCCUUGAAGCCGCAGAAGGCGAAGGCACCAUCCGCCUCCUGCGAGACAAACCUGGAGGUCGCCUUUGAGGGUGCAGCGCAGUUCUCCCCGACCAUUUCCGUGAGCAUGACAUUCGACGGGAGCACCAGAAUCAGCAUCGAAGGCAUGGUUCGUGCCUCCAUCCAUGCCCUUGUCGAGGGGGAGGGCAGCUGCUCCUUCCGUGCCCAGAGGGGCCUUCCAAAAAAGCCCAAGACCAAGGUGGUCUGCUCGGGGAAGUUCUGCAUCGUCUUCAUGCUCCAGUUCGUCGCCGAUCUUGAGAUCCAGGGUACCCUCACGGGCACCGUCGAGGCCUCGGCAGACGUGGACUUCGAGUUUGACGGCUCAGUGACAGUCAACAAAAACGGAGAGGCGGUGUCGGAAUUCGGGCGUCCUUCGAUUAAGCAUCAGACAGGUUUUGCCAUUGGCGCGAGUGCAGCCGCUUCCGUGCGCAUCGGCAUGGGGCCUGUUUUCACUAUUUGGCCGGUGCCGGGCAUUCCCAUCAACUUCAAUCCCACGAUCAACGCGGAGGCCAAGGCUCUCGGAACCUUGGAGUUCAAAUCGGGCACCGCCCUGCUCCAGGAGGGGCACUCCCGGUCAGGGGACAAUCACUCGGUCACGCGGCUGGAUGAUACCAGCAACGUCCAGAUGUGUUCUGCAGCAGCACUGACGGGUUUCGCCGACCUCGAUAUCACCGGCUUCUCGCUGCCGAGCAGCUUCCGUGCCGAGCUCACCACCGAGAAGAUCCAAGAGCUGAUCGAGGACGGGAUCUUGGCGGGUGCGCAGGCGCUGAUCCAGCUGAUCACCGGUCCGCUGAAGUGCGUGCCGGGUGGGGACAAAGUAGCAGACGGCAUCAACUCCGCGGCCGAGACUGCCUCCAGCACACUCCAGGCCAUGAUCCCCUCUCUUAACCUCAACUUUGAAGUGCCCUCCAUCCAGCUGUUAGAUCCCCAGAAGCUUUGGUGCAAGGAGGUAUACAAGACACCAGGUUUCGAUGAUGCUGCGUGUUCGGACACUUUAGGAUGCAAGUCGGCAGGCCGUCCACCCUCAGGGGAUGCUGUUCACCUACCCUCGGAGCAGAAGCUUCAGGACAGCAAAGCUGGGCCAUCAUUCCCAUCGCUUUCGAGCCUGAAGAUGGGAGACCGGUUCAUUCAGAUUGGCAAAUUUCGUCUGGGUGCUUCUGAUGACAACCACUUCUCGGUCGAACACGAGUCCCGUUGGACCGCGCAGAUCUACAGAAGCGAUGGCACCACGCAUCCCGGGCCUCGUCGUGAUUUUGGCACCUGGACCAGGCCUGUCGAAGCUUCUCGUGGAAUUUCCUUUGGAUUCCAGUACAUCCAAAUCGGCAAGUUUCGGCUCGGUGCUAUUGACGACUCGCACUUGUCCCUUUCGCAUGAAAACGGCAUCACGAUCAUGAUCUUCCGCCAUGACCGGCACCUAUUUGGGGGUCCUCGGCACGAUUUUGGUGCCUUCGACCGUGCUGAGGGUGCGCCAUUCGGCGUGACAUUUGGUGACGAAUUCAUCCAGAUCGGCAAAUUCCGACUCGGCGUCAUCCACGACCAUUUGGCUCUAACCCACAUCUCGAACCAGCUGCUCCAGCUCUACAAACAUGAUGGCACCCUGCACCCUCACGCGGGCAAUGCAUGGAGUGUUGAGGUGAACGCACGCCAACCGGCGCCGUGGUAUGGCGCGAAGGACAUUGCGGAAGUGGCCUAUGGUGCUUGCAUUGACAACUUCGUGUCUUUCGGAGAGCGCUUCAUCCAGCUGGGACAGUGGAGGCUGGCCGCGAUGGAUGAAAAUCACUUCUCAGUGUGCCACAAAGACGGCAUCGUUUCCAUGCUCUAUCUCUCAGACGGAACCCGGCACUGGGGUCCGCGCAGAGACUGGUGUUCGUGGAAAAGGCCGACCGGCUUCCCUCACGGCAUCACCUUCGGUCCAGGUUUCAUCCAAAUCGGCAAUUUCAGGCUCGGCGCCAUCGACGACAACCACCUCAGCCUUGCACAUGAAAACGGCAACACCAUCCAGAUCUUCCGGUCGGACGACACUCGCUGGCCCGGACCUCGGCAUGACUGGACCGCCUGGAAGCAGAGUGCGGGACCGGCUGCCGGCGUCGCCUUUGGGGACCGGUUCCUGCAGCUCGGCAAGUUCCGAAUUGGCGACCAUGAUGGGAAUCACUUUGUCAUCGCUCACAAGGACGGCGCAUCAAUCCAGUUGUUCCGUAGUGAUGGGACCGAACAUCCGUACGUGGGCAACGCCUGGUCGCAUGCUGUCUUCAGUCGCUACCCGCGGUAUGAUUGUGGCGGAAUCCAGGACAUGAUGGGCACCUGCCCUGGACUCGCUGCCGGAGACAACUUCCUGAUGAUUGGUGACUGGCGCUUGGCCGCCCUGGACGGCGCUCACUUCAGUGUUAGCCACCGCGGCGGGCAGACGCCGAUCCUGUACAGAAGCGACGGUGUGCUCUUCCCGGGACCGCAAACGAAUUUCAAUACCUGGGAUUGGGAGAGCAGGAACUCCCAUUACAAGAUCUUGUUUGGUGACCGCUUCAUCCAGUUCGGCCGCUGGCGUUUGGGCGAGUUUGACAAGGACCACUUGGUCAUGUGGAACGCCAAUGGCCAUAUUCCACAGAUCUGGAAAUCUGACGGCACGCUUCAUUUCCAUCAUCACAACACACUCAGACUCGGCGACCGACCCAAUGGUCCACCACAGGGCAUCACGUUCGGAGACCGCUUUGUUCAGAUUGGCAGCUGGCGGAUCGGAGACGUGGAUUCGGAGCACUUCUCUAUCGCGCACGUCAACGGCGUUACCGUCGAAAUCUUUCGCCAUGAUGGGAAUCGAUUCCCGGGCCCGCGUGACGACUUCACCACUUUCGGCCGCCCGAUCUUGGAUUGUGACGUGGUGUAG